CCCUACCGAACCAAACAUCUGCAAUUCGUUCUACCGGUAGCAAUCCAUAAACCCAAAAUUUUUAGUUUGAGUGUUGCUGAUCUCAAUGGUGCUCAACUUGUACUGACCAUUCAAUUUGGUUCUAAUAAUCAUCUGAUUCUAUGUUUAUCAGUUCCAAUUUCUUAAGAACAAUUUUGGAUGUUCCAAACCAUGUUGUUGUUAGAUUCUAAUCAGAAGUGAUUUGCGGCUUCGGAUUAAGUGAGGUUCAUUUUCCGGAGAGGGAAAAGUGAUUAUACGAUUGCUGGAGUUCAGCAUGCGUGAAUGGGAGUCGGAUCCGUUGUUUGCCGCUGCCGAAGUCGUUCAAGACUCAGCCGACCGUAUGGAGUCAAUAUUUCGCCAUUUAUUGCACGAACAAAGUCUUGUUCAAGGGGAUCGUAUAGAUGAAAAAAUCCCGAGCUCCAGCAAAUAUCAUAGUCGUGAUCUUGCUACCACUCUGGAAACAGCAAAAUGGCAGCUUGAAGACUUUGAGAGAGAGGUAAAUGCAUCCGCGGUAGCUGACAAAUCCCAACGGAAGCAAAACGUCAUCACAAGGCACCUGCAAUUUAUUGCGGCUAUUAGAGAACAAAUUGCCCGUGUUGAAAAAAGCAUGAGUACUUCAGUGGGAAACUCGUUGAGGAAUAUGAAUUUUAAUGAACAAGACAGAGAUGGGUUGGCAUUGUUUCUCUCGGGUGGGAACCCCGUUAAACACAUAGCAGAUCAAGAAUCAGAUGAUAAUAAUAUUUUGAGAAGGUUUCUUGAUCCUAAUGUGUCAUCAAGUUCUAAGGAAGAUAUUGACGAGAAGAAAACCAAUGAAACUAUGAGUUCAAAGGUGAAUGAGAUUGUGUGUGUAGAACAUAAGUUGGAGGUAAGCGAGAAUUGUCCGACAACAGUGGAUUUGGGACCUUCAUCUUCUGGUCAGGCUAACUAUGAUAGAUACGAAGAAGGGACAUGGGAUUUGGAAGCUAAUGAGUCGAAAGGUAAAAGUUACUCGCAGAAGAAUAAUCUGAGAGGUUACUAUGGGAGAAUUAACAUUUUUGGGUCCUUGGGUAAUAUUAUGUCGGCUCUUGAAAAUCGAGCUAACAGAAGCUUAACAAAGAGGUUAAAAGACGGGGAGGAACAGAGGCAGUCUCCAUCGUAUAGCAAUGUCCGCCUUGGCAUGCUGAGAUACAUUGCUCAACUAAGGCCAGCCUUUGGAUUCAGCAAUUUUCAGUUACCAUGUUCAUACUUAUCCACUCAAGCCACACAGUCGAGUAGCUGGAUUAGGUAUUACAGUGAAAAAUGCCAGAGAUAUUUACACCGCAUCCAAGUUAGAUAUCACCCAGCGCUAUCUGUACUGGCGUUUUUUCUGACACUAUUAUUUUUAAGUAAGUGUCGUAAUAUAUUUAAAUUCGUUUAAUGCUGUAAUUUUUUUUGUUCUUAUUCCGGUAUGAUGCUUUGAUAUAUACCGGAAUAGGACAAUAUGUUGGGGCGAUAUUGUUGAACUGACCCCUUCGAAUUUGCUUAUGUUAUCUCUUACAUGUUGUCGAAAUCUCAUGCAACUCGAUUUUCUU